UAAAACUUCCUUUAUAUUAAGUGUAUCUUUAAAUAAACUUUGAUUUUGUAUCCAAAUAGACUCAGUAAAAACAUAUCAAGAUGCCGCGGAUUAUGAUAAAAGGCGGUGUUUGGCGUAACACAGAGGAUGAAAUUCUCAAGGCGGCUGUUAUGAAAUAUGGAAAAAAUCAAUGGUCUCGAAUAGCUUCCUUGUUGCAUAGAAAAUCGGCCAAACAAUGCAAAGCUCGGUGGUACGAAUGGUUGGAUCCAAGUAUAAAAAAGACAGAAUGGUCAAGGGAAGAAGACGAGAAGCUCCUGCAUUUGGCAAAGUUGAUGCCAACUCAGUGGAGGACAAUAGCACCAAUUAUUGGACGUACAGCUGCACAAUGUUUAGAGAGAUACGAAUACUUACUAGACCAAGCUCAGAAGAAAGAGGAGGGAGAGGACAUGGGGGAUGACCCAAGAAAGUUAAAGCCCGGAGAAAUUGAUCCUAAUCCUGAAACUAAACCAGCCAGACCUGAUCCCAAGGAUAUGGAUGAAGAUGAACUUGAAAUGCUGUCAGAGGCUCGUGCGCGUUUGGCUAACACACAGGGUAAGAAGGCCAAAAGGAAGGCUAGAGAGAAGCAGUUAGAAGAAGCAAGAAGACUUGCCGCAUUGCAGAAGAGAAGAGAGCUUAGUGCUGCUGGUAUCUCUGUGCCUUUGAGACGUAAGAAGAAACGUGGAGUGGAUUACAAUUCAGAGAUACCAUUUGAGAAGAAGCCCGCUGCUGGUUUUUACGACACGUCUACUGAGGAGGUGGACCCCAUGGCACCGGACUUCUCGCGGCUACGGCAACAGCAUCUAGACGGAGAGUUACAUUCAGAGAAGGAAGAGAAAGAGCGUCGUAAAGACAAGCAGAAGUUGAAGCAGCGCAAAGAGAACGAUGUACCGCAAGCCAUGUUGCAGGGAGACCAGCCCGCACGCAAGCGCAGCAAGCUGGUACUGCCCGAGCCACAGGUCUCCGACCAGGAGUUGCAGCAGGUGGUGAAGCUGGGUCGGGCUUCGGAGGCGGCGCGUGAGUCCGCGGGGGCUGCGGGCGCUCCCACAGACGCGCUGCUCGCUGCCUACGCCCUCACACCCGCGCCAGCCACAGCACUACGCACACCCGCCAACCAGGACCGCAUCCUUAUGGAGGCCCAGAAUGUGAUGGCGCUGACACACGUUGACACACCUCUGAAGGGCGGACUGAACACGCCACUGCACGCUCCAGACUUCUCCGGUGCGUUGCCGCAGCCACACGCGCAGGCCACGCCCAACACGCUACUUGUCACGCCCUUCAGAUCGUCCCGCAGUGAAGUGUCAACUCCGGGCAGCUUUAACACGCCCGGUCAAGGACAGACAGGACAACCUGGAAUAACUACUCCAGCGCUGAGAGAUAAGUUGAGUAUAAAUCCUGAAGAUCGUAUCGGUACCGGAGAUACACCGCAAAUGGCGAAUCAAAUACAAAAACAGUUGAAGGCGUCAGUGCGAAGUGCGCUGCAGUCUCUGCCGGCGCCGCGCAAUGACUACGAGAUCGUGGUGCCGGAGGAUGCAGCCGAGCCCCAACAGGCUCACCCGGAGCACCCAGCACUCGCACUAGAGGACCAGGCCGACGCAGACGCCAGGGUACUUAAGGAACAGGAGGAGAAACGUGCUGCGGCGCUGGCGUUGCGGUCUGCGGCGGUGCAGCGCGGCUGUGUGCGGCCAGGGGAGGUGAACGCGGCAGUGCUGCGCGGUGCUGCUGCAGGCGGUGGCCAGCUCAGCGCUCUCCAGCAUGCCGAGGAGCUCCUCAAGGCGGAGAUGCUCACCAUGCUGCACUAUGAUGCCCUACACGACCCUCCACCAAAUGUAGACAAGAAGCGCGUGGUGCAGGCGCAGGCGUCACAUCUGGCGUACCUGGAGCAGCAUCCGUAUGAAGAGUUCAGCGCGGGGGAGCUGGAUGAGGCGCGCGAGCUGCUGCGCCAGGAGAUGGAGGUGGUGCGCCAGGGUAUGGGACACGGAGACCUUAGCAUUGACGCCUACACACAAGUCUGGGAGGAGUGUCUCGCGCAGGUACUCUUCCUACCAGGUCAGAACAGAUACACCCGUGCCAAUCUAGCCAGCAAGAAAGACAGACUGGAAUCAGCUGAGAAAAGACUGGAACAGAAUAGAAAUCACAUGGCAAAGGAGGCUAAGAAAUGUUCCAAAAUGGAGAAAAAGUUACGAGUAUUGACAGGUGGGUAUCAGAGCCGUGCUGCGUCACUCAUCAAGCAGUUUGGAGAACUCCAGGAACAGAUAGAGCAGGCCAACCUUGAGCUCUCCACAUUCCGCUUCCUCGCUGAACAGGAAAAAGCUGCCAUACCGAGACGGAUAGAGUCACUAACAGAAGACGUGAACAGACAAACGGACCGCGAGAAACAACUGCAGAAGAGAUACGCUGAACUUCAGACAGAACUAGAAGACAUUCACAAAGGCAAACAAAUAAAAGAGACUGAACCUAAGCCCAUUGAAGAAUAACAUAAAAUUAUUUCUAAUAAUAUUGUAUCUCUGCCUACCCCUCAUGGUUACAGACUCGAGUGUUAUCGUGGAUUUUCACUGGAGAAUAAUCUGCAUAAAAACAUUGUUUUUUUCAUAAACAUUGAGAUUGAUGACUAUGUUUUGGUGCAGAUGUCUCGCCAGUGGAAAUCCACGGUUAUCUUUUUUGUAUAGAAGUUAUUUAACAUAAUAAUGAUUAUUGAAUAAGCGAUUUACGACGAUUAUAUUGUAUUUUAUAUAGCUUACUGAUAAUUUUUUACUAAGUUUUAGAUUAUUUGCAG